CGCCCCCCCGCCAUGUCUGGGCGGGGCAAGACCGGGGCCGGUUUGGGCUGAAAGGCGCCGGAAUCGGGGCUGCAGAGAGGCCGGAGAUGCUGCGAUGGAGGCAGGAGAAGGGCUGAACCCCAUGGAGGGGCCCCACAGGCCCCACACAGGUGCCACGUUUUCACCCCAAGUGGCCGCUGAGCCCCGGGACUUCCUCACCCCACUGGGCUUGCUGGGUGGCAGGCGGCCACCUGGGCCACCACACCCCAAGCCCUUUCGCUGCGGGGAAUGUGGGAAGAGCUUCAGGCAGAGCUCCAACCUCCUGGAGCACCUCCGGACCCACAGCGGUGAGCGGCCCUACACGUGUGGGGCGUGCAGGAAGAGCUUCGGCCGUAGCUCCACGUUGACCGAGCACCUCCGGACCCAUAGCGGGGAGCGGCCCUACAAGUGUGGGGCAUGUGGGAAGAGCUUCACCCGCAGCUCCACCUUGACCGAGCACCUCCGGAUCCACAGCGGCGAGACCCCUUAUUCCUGCCCUGAAUGCGGGAGGAGUUUUGGGAGGACCUCAAACUUGGCCAAACACCUCCGGACCCACAGUGGGGAGAAGCCCUACGGCUGCCCCGAAUGCGGGAAGAGCUUCAGCCUCAGCUCCAACGUGCUCAAACACCUCCGGACCCACAGUGGGGAGAGGCCCUACAAGUGUGGGGUGUGUGGGAAAUGCUUCAAGAAGAAAACCCACUUGAGUUCUCACCUCCGGAUUCAUAGCGGGGAGCGACCCUACAAGUGCGGGGACUGUGGCAAGAGUUUUGGGCAGAGCUCUACCCUCUUAGAACAUCAACGCACUCAUAGUGGGGAGCGGCCCUACAAGUGUGGGGCCUGCGGGAAGAGGUUUGGAGUCAGCUCCAACCUGGCCAAGCAUCGCCGGACCCACAGCACCGAAAUGCCCUAUAGCUGCGGGAGAUGUGGAGAGAAAUUCCGUUACCGGCCCCAGCUCUCCCGGCACAUGAGGGGACACCCUGACGGGGACUCAUAG